UAGCUCAAAUUUUUUCACGUUGGUGGGUUUAUUUCUCACAGUCAAGAUAUGGCAUCUUGAUCUAACCACUAUGAAUGGCUAACUGAGAAUUUCCAGGGCUUUCGAACGCUUCAUUUUUGGCACACUCGCUACCUGCGACACAGGUUUCUUUACAUUACUAUGUCCUUCUAAGUUCAGCACAGUCAAGUAUCGUACUUGAAUUCCACGACCUUAUACCUUUUGGUACAUCAAAAGGAUUGAUCGAUCCACAUAAGAAUUGGGAUCUAGUUUAUUUCAAAAGACUUGGGUUAAAUACAGCUGCUUUUCAUAAGAAUGAGUGCACAACACGCGCGCCCAACGACCCGACGACCUCCUCUUGGAGAAGCAACCCGGCGGGUCAACAACAAUCAAUCGAGUAGUCAAAAGUUACAAUCAAAAUCUACACCAACAAAUCAUGAUAGUUUACGACAAGAUGGUUUACUACAAGUUUAUAACCAGGCUUCUCCUUCUCCAAGCGAACAAUAUCCAUACCGUGACGAUCCUCGGAUGGGCUCUCCUGUGUCCAAUGUCGUCAAUCCUAGGCUCUCUGCUAUAUCGAAAGAGGCUGCGACGGAUUCCAAACGAAGUUCCCAAAUCUCGACCGCAUCCUCCGCGACUUCGGAUGGUAAGAACAUCAAGAAGUUUAUUGGUCCUUGGAAGCUGGGUAAAACCUUAGGGGAGGGUGCAACGGCCCGGGUACGUCUUGCAAAGAACAAAAAUACACAUCAAAUGGCAGCUAUCAAGAUCGUCCAAAAGAAGAACGCCCAAUUAUCUCAGGCGGGAAGUCUUGCAAACCUGGAACAUUCGGAACAGCUACGUGAUGAAGGCGAUGGAGUGCGGAGGAUGCCUGUAGGAAUUGAGCGCGAGGUAGCAAUCAUGAAGCUUAUUCAGCACCCGAAUAUCAUGAAGAUUUAUGACAUUUGGGAGAAUCGUACCGAAAUGUAAGCUCCGUUCCCAAUUUGAGCUAAUUUAGUCUCUAACAAUGAGCAGAUAUCUAGUUCUUGAGUAUGUUGACAAUGGCGAGCUUUUCGCUCAAAUCGCGAACAAUGGAAGACUGUCCGAAGAGGUUGCAAUGAAGUAUUUCCGACAACUUUUGAGUGCUCUGGGAUAUUGCCACUCAUACAAUAUCUGCCAUCGAGACUUGAAGCCCGAAAACAUCUUGGUUACAUCGACUGGAGACAUCAAAAUCGCGGACUUUGGAAUGGCUGCGCUACAUCAAGGCCCAGAUCACAAAUUAAGAACUUCUUGUGGAAGUCCACAUUAUGCUGCACCGGAAUUAGUUGGCGGACAAAAAUACCGUGGGGACAAGGUUGAUAUAUGGAGCCUGGGUGUAAUCCUCUAUGCUAGCUUAUGUGGACGACUCCCAUUCGACGUUGAGGGUGUUGGCAAUGAUAGAGAUCGUCUUAAUCCAUUACUCAGCAAAAUUCGAAAAGGAACCUAUGAAAUGGCCCCAGAGUUCACCAAAGAGGCCGCAAAUCUAAUUUGGAGAAUAUUGCAAGUAAAUCCAAAGGAGAGAAUUGAGCUCAGACAGAUCUGGAAGCAUCCUGUGGUUAGGAAGUACGAUUAUUUGGACAACCUUGGUGGCGGUGAAAGCCUCCCAUCUCUUAACCUGAAUGAUUGCGGACAGCCAGUGCUACGCCGCAGCGAUGUUGAUAAGGAUCUGUUAAGGCAACUGUGGUCUAUGUGGCACGCAUACUCCGAAGAUCAGCUUAUUGAAGCACUUUUGAGUCAGAAGUGGGUUGCCUCAGCUACUUUGGUUUUUAUGAUGCGUACGCUAAUAAAGACAUAGACCGAACGAGCAAAAGCUCUUCUACACCUUACUGUUAAGAUACAGAGAUGCCCAGCUUGAAAACUAUGAACCCGAGCUGAAUUAUUCCAACAGUGAUUAUCAUCACAUUAGACCACCCACAUUGACAAAAACAUAUUCUACUUGUCACUUCCCACCACAGACAGGAAAGGGUCAUCGCCGCCAACAGCCUUCCAGGUUUACUGUAGUUAGUAAUAGAUCCGAGAACACUUACGAUCCUUUCAAUGCUUCUCGGCCACAGCACCUUGAUUCAUGCAGAUCUGAUGAUCAAAUAAAGGUAACCGUUCAUGCCCCUCAGAAUGACGAACAUAGCCGGUACAGACCAACCUCUCGAAUGACAACUUCCAGGUCCGUCAGCGAUCGGGGUAGACUACAAAAGCCCGUAUCUCGGAUAUAUGCGUCCCGGAGUUCACUUGCUAGCUCUACACGAAGUCGAGGAAGUGCCCAUUUCCGAGCUACGAUGGGACACAAACGUGGUGUGGAUUUCUCACACAUCAGGAGACGAUCAUUGAGUAGCCAAAACAUCAUAUCUGGGGAUAGUUCGUUGGGUUCCACGGGAAGAAGGGCGGUAGGAGCUGACAAUGGAGCCCCUCCGCGUCCUGAUUUUGAGCAUUCUACCUCAACACGUUACAUCAGGUCGAGAAAGCCGCAAUCAACUAGUACAAAGAUUACUACUACCACCAUACAAAAAUCAGGACGGGGCAGUAUAUUAUGGAAAGAAGAUGUCCGUCAACUGAGCAGCAGCUUGGCCAAAGACUGCGAUGAAGCAUUCAAUAGAUCUACGGUCGUCCCUUCGACGGGCUCCCAGAAUAAGUCACGAUUUCCUGUGACCCCAAGCGUGGCUACUCGUACUUCAUCGCCUAUAAUCAAUGUGUCAGAGACAGGUCGAAAGGCUAAGCACGAUUCUCUAGACUUACGGCCGCUACCCCCACCACCUGCUCGAUCAGAUUCUGUCAGGAAGGAACUCCUGGAAGCGCGCAAGCAAGCUACACUUCGCCUGACUUCUGGAGAAGAUUCACCUGGAUACAUAGAUCGCAUGGUAUCACAUAUUGAUCGUCUAAUAUUACCUCCAUCUCAAUCCCCUUUGCAAACACGCCAAGAUCGUCGAAUAGUGUCUGCACCCGCGGAUACGAAACAGAGGAAUCCUCCGCGACCAUUACCCGCGAUUAAUGAGGCAUAUGCAGAAGAUCUAUCUCCCCGAAAGGUCGAAUCUGAUCGUAUUGCAUCAGCUCCUGAACCUCGUACAUUGAAGAAGAGUUCAAACUACUUUAAUGAGAGAGAAACAAUACGGGUAGUCAAUGCCUCUGCUGCGUCUUUUAGUCCUGUUAAAGCUCCAGCGCCACUCACAAUCCGAAAGAAAAGCUCGCAAGGUGGUCAAACAAAGACCAAAAUGGGACAAUCAGGACCAGAGCCUCUCGACAACUCUAUCAGGAACCAAUCAUCUGGUCUGGGAUUGCGACAACAAUAUUCUGCUGGCUCGAAGGUGGAUGUUGGUCCAGAAUUAUCUCGUAUUGAGGAGGACUCUAACAUGGACGAUUCAUUUGCUCAGGACAGUAAUGCAGGCACCAUAGUAAAGAAGCGUUCAGGCUGGUUUAGGCGUAAUUCCAAAGCUAGUGAUGAGGGCGAGUCUAGAAGUUCCUCAAUUGUCGGAAAUGACACCAUGCUAUCCCAAUCAUCAAGCAAGAGUGGUGGCCGGAGGUCAGAUCCAGAGGAGCUUCCACCAAUGCCACCCCCAAAGAAAAAGGGAUUCAAUCUUGGUAGGCUCUUCAAGAAAAAACAACCAAAAACCGGCAUGACUGUUGCUAGUAAGUAUAAGUUUUAUCGCUUGGCAUUGAUAGUACUGACAGGCUCAUAGCAAACGAUAUGUUCGACGAGGAUAUGAGUAUUCAAGAAUCUAUUGCAGAUCCUCGACAACAUCGCCCGAACCGUACACAACAGAACAUGAGAGCACGCCAGAUCGAGCCUCAACAGAACUGGCUAGCCAAAUUAUUCCAUGUGAAACCCGCUUCGAAAUUCAUUUGUUUCUCCGUUUCGAAACGUGCCGCAAGAUUAGAGAUUGCCAAGGUACUCAAAGACUGGAAAAGAUAUGGCAUUAAAGAUGUUCAGGUCGAUAAACAAAGGAACAUAGUCUUUGGCAAAGUUGGUGCAGACAACUGUAAGUUCCUCCUACUCCUGAAUCAUAUGGAAUAUUCACUCACAUCGUAUAGUCUUGAAUUUGAAAGAGGUCUCAUUCGCCGCCGAGAUCUUGACUGUUUUCGAGCAUUUGGAUCGUGGCAAAAAGACCAAUCUCGCUGUAGCACGAAUUACACAAGAAAGAGGUGCAGCGAGCAGCUUUCAUAAAGUUGUGGAAACACUAGAUUCUGUCCUACAAGUUCGUGGAGUUCUCGUCAUGGAUGAAGAAAAGAAGAGAAUGAUGGUGAGGACUGUCAACUCCAUGAUAACAGAAACCGCUGUUAUCUCUUAGUCUCCAACCACCCACCUGGAAUCUACCAAUUUUCGAUAUUUUCGAUAUCGUUAAUACCCCACUUUGGACAUUUUGCGUAUGGGAUAUAUUUCUCUCCGCAUGCUUGAGUUUGGACAUUCUCGAAAUCCAGGUUUAGCAUACAGCAGUAUUUGGAUGAUACCUGCUUCUUUUUUGUAGAUAUACUAUGUUCAGUAUAGUGAGUUUCUUUGGCAUUUUCAUGGAGCGGUGGAUUUUCGAGUUGCUUUGCUUUGAUGGAGUUGUAAAAAGUAACUUAUUAUUCAUCAUAGCGAGCGAAAAUGGGGUAGAAAUAAUGAUAGAUGGAGGUUUCAAGGCGGCCAGAGUCAAUUAAGAGAUGCAGUGAAAGCGUUCAGAGUUGUUGAUUCUUUACUUUGAAAUAGGGUAAAAUGGGUUCUUUCCGCUUAUGUACUUAGGACUUAGGAAAUAAGAAAUUC